AACGGCAAUGAAGGGAUGGAAAUGGACUGCAGCGGGUGCGGGGAGAGCAUAAGGGAGCGAACAGUCCUCUGCGUUGGGAGUAACAGUUGGCAUUCGCGGUGUCUAAAAUGCUCCACGUGUGCUAGACCCCUGGACGAUCAGCAGUCGUGCUUUCUCAGGGAGAUGCGACUGUACUGCAGGACAGACUAUGCACUAACCUUCGGAGCAAAAUGUUCGAAAUGCGAUAGAAGUAUAGGCGCCGGGGACUGGGUGAGACGCGCGAAAGAUCGUGUGUAUCACUUAGCAUGUUUCGCCUGUGAUGCCUGUUCUCGUCAACUAUCGACGGGCGAGCAAUUUGCUUUAUUGGAGUCAAGAUUAUUAUGUAAGAUUCAUUACCUCGAUGUUGUGGAGGGAAACAACACUUCAUCGUCCGAAGACUGUGAUUCCGAGAACGGAGGUAAGAGUAGUAAAACGAAAAGAGUCAGAACGACGUUCACGGAGGAGCAGCUAUCGGUACUGCAGGCUAAUUUCCAGUUGGAUAGUAAUCCAGAUGGGCAAGAUUUGGAGAGAAUAGCACAUGUGACGGGAUUGAGCAAGCGAGUCACGCAAGUUUGGUUCCAGAACUCGAGAGCGAGGCAGAAAAAGCACAGUGGGAAGAUCAAAUCAGUACACCACUCCCCACUGCAACAUCACCCUGGCGACCUCUAUCCCGGUAACAUGGUGAGCGGUUACUUCGGCGGCUACCAAGGUGGUAGUGCUGGCAGUGAGAGCCCAGGGAGUCCAAUGACUCCACUGACACCUCUAACCCCGAUAACCCCUACGACGCCAACCCACCUCCAGCAGCCCCAGUUCUGCCACCAAGGGGGAUAA